AACGGCAGUUCGCCAGACCCGCUACGUCGGCGCGAAAUGACGGAAUUCAUGUGGUGUGUUCCGGCCGGGUCCCGGCUCCGCGCGAGCUUCUGCGUCCCACGAUGACAGGCUGGCCACGCUGCGGUCGCCCUUAGGCAUGCGCAACAGACAUUCGGAUCAACUAAGAACACAAACUGAAACCCUACGAUUUCUCACCGGUCUGCACCCUCGCCGAGGCUCGGGCUGCUCGCGAACUGGCCUCCUUCGUCCGGUUUCUCCCCACUCCGAAAGUUUAAGCUUACUGUUGGCAGGUCCCUGGGCAAACAGUGUGUGAGAUGGGACGGACGUCAAAGGACAAGCGGGAUGUCUACUACCGCCUAGCCAAGGAGAAUGGCUGGCGUGCCCGCAGUGCCUUCAAGCUGCUACAACUUGACGAGGAAUUCCAGCUCUUCCAAGGCGUGACUCGGGCAGUUGACCUGUGUGCAGCCCCGGGCAGCUGGAGCCAGGUGCUGAGCCAGAAGAUUGGGGGCCAGGGGUCUGGCCACGUGGUGGCCGUGGACCUUCAGGCUAUGGCUCCACUACCAGGUGUGUUACAGAUCCAGGGGGAUAUCACCCAGCUGUCCACUGCCAAGGAGAUCAUCCAGCACUUUGAGGGCUGCCCCGCAGACCUCGUGGUGUGCGACGGGGCGCCCGAUGUAACCGGUCUCCAUGAUGUUGAUGAGUAUAUGCAGGCCCAGCUCCUCCUAGCCGCUCUGAACAUCGCUACCCACGUCUUGAAGCCAGGGGGCUGCUUUGUGGCCAAGAUCUUCCGGGGCCGGGAUGUGACACUGAUCUAUAGCCAGCUGCGGGUCUUCUUCUCCAGCGUACUCUGCGCCAAGCCCCGGAGCAGCCGGAACUCCAGCAUCGAGGCCUUCGCUGUCUGUCAGGGUUAUGACCCCCCUGAGGGCUUCCUACCGGACCUGACCAAACCCCUGCUGGACCACUCUUACGAUCCAGAUUUCAACCAAUUAGAUGGUCCCACCCGCAUCAUUGUGCCAUUUGUGACCUGUGGGGACCUGAGUGCCUACGAUUCAGACCGCAGUUACCCACUGGACCUAGAGGACGGCUCAGAGUACAAGUACACUCCACCCACGCAGCCCCCCAUCUCACCGCCAUACCAGGAGGCCUGCACGCUGAAGAAGAAGGGGCGGCUGGCCAAGGAGAUCCGCCCCCAGGACUGUCCCAUUGGCACAGUGGACACGUUGCCCCAGCCCCUCACCGCCCCACAGCGCCACACCAUGCUGGCCUCUGAGGUGGAAGACAGUGAAAUGAAUUGUUCACCUUAACACGUUCAGUUAGCUGGCAAUCUGAUAAGGACUCGGAAGCUGUUUGCUGUCAG